AUCGAGCAGCGGUCGAAGCCGCCGCAGUUGGAUAGCUGGAUGCGGCCCCCGCUUGCCGCCAAUUUCACGAGCCUGGGGCCCUGCAUGGACAUCGAUGUUCACUCGGAGGGCUUACAGCUGAGCCCUGUUGACGUCACAGCAGAUUUCUGGUACGAAGACCAUCGGCCUGCGGGACUCGCAUUAGUGUCUCCCUGCAACUGCAGCAGCGUGGUGCCCGGCGCGCAGGAAUGUUCCUCUCACAAUCGCCUGGGGUUUGCCUUCCACCAUAUGCCACCGGUCAAGCGGCUGGCAUUCACCUGCAGGUAUUGUUCUGGCAUCAACGCGCGGGAUGAUGAUCGCCCUGGAUUCGAGUGGGAAUCGUUCACGUUAGAAGGUGACGAGUCGGAGCUGAGCUAUGUGGUGAUCCGCGGCCAUCAGAUCCUGGGCGUGAACGUCGAGGGCCCUCGACCAGAAGUCCGAGAUCUGCAGUACAUGUUCGGUAGCCUAGAGGACUGCCGUCAUCCAGGAAGAUGGUUCGAGUACUGUGCCGACUUGCCGCGGCUGGAGGGAGGCAUUGAGGAGCAGUGCAACGAGACCUAUGAGUCGCGUAGCUUCACCAUGCCGAACAGGGAGCUGUGUCCUGUGGCUUGUGGCCGCUGCAGGACGGACAACGACUCGGACAAUGCUACAGAUGGCAAUGGCAGCGAAGCUAAUUCCACAGAGAACGCAAGCACAUCCACGACGACGAUGACCACCACGACAAUGACUAGCAGAACGGAGACCAGCAUGACAGCAACGACACUGACAGAGACGACAUCCACCCGUUCGACACUGACACAGACCACGACGACACGGUUGACGACUACAACAACUUCGACUGUCUGGAUUUCGGAGCCGAUGUCGCAGGCAGAAGAGGAGCUGCUGCAGGAGCUGUUUGCAGAGAACACCACUCAGGUUGUCACUCGCACGGAAGCGUCCACCAUGAUGGCGCAGCAGAUCAGCGUCUCUUCGGACGAGGAUGUUGCCGAGACCCGUGUGCAAGUGAGGGUCGAGGGAACAUCAGUCUCGGCCGCGAUUCCAAAACAGUUGGUCAAGGAAGCUGGUGGCAACAUCGUCGUUCUGAUGGAAGCAUCCUCCAGUGUGGACAACGACUUCGUGCAGAAUCUGACGAACAACUCGGACACGACGGUGCUGGCUGUGCCAGCCGUCUCGGUGAAGCUGUGGGCAGGUGCCAUCGUGGCCGUGCGAGAUCUCGCAGAGCCGAUCCUGAUCACGUUGUCCGAGGAGGCCAUGCCAAAUGCCGAAUGUGUCUUCUGGAACGAGACGGAGCAGCAGUGGUCGACUGCCGGGUUGACGACGGUCCAAGGAGGUACUGGCCUCGUCUGUUCCACCACGCACUUGUCCAUCUUCAGCGCCAUUCUACGGCAGCUUGAGUGCCUGAACAUCCAGGUCUUGUCGGCAGCCGGCUUGGAGAUGGCCUCGGCAGUAGAGUGGACCGACAAGCCUUCCGCGAUUCUGCUCUACGCCGUGAUGGUUUUUUGGCUGUCGCUGCUGGUCUUCGCCUGGCGCCGGGACCUGCUCUACUUGGAGGAGACCGAUUGGACGGACCACAACUUCAUUAUGAAGGUCCCUCCUUCGCACCGCGUGCCGAUAGGCGUGGACUACUGCAGGGGCCUUUGCAUGAGCAUCUGCAGCCUCUGCUCAAGACGACGGGCUGUGAGAGGGUUCCGGUGGUUAAGAACCAACGACGUUGGCGAGAGCAUGUUUCUAUAUGUCUCCUUGAUCGGCCUGCAUUCCCUGCUGGCCGUGCGGAGUGGCCUCGCCGUCUCCACGUUGCGGAUGCAUCUGAUCAACAAGCGCGGGUGGGUUCAGAAUGACCUCGCCACCUCCAGUUGCGGAGUUCUCCGAGCCCGGCUUUCUGCUCUCCGGAGUGAGGUUCCCCAGGCCUUCGUGAGCUUCUACCAGCUCUCCUUCUUGGGCUGCUUUUGGGUCUUCUUCCAGGCCCUGCAUCCCUACACCGUCCGCCUUUGCCUGGAGCAGAGCGCUGCGAAGCAGAUCAAGCUGAAAGCUGACGUGAUGUUGGGUGCGCUGGUUGUGGCUGCCUUCUUCUUCGGCGUCACCGGCUCUGCCACCAGCAGCCGAAGCCCUGAGGAUUGUGCCGAUGCCCGGAUGUCCAUGGCGCGCUUCGUGCUGAUCGGGAUCAUCUCAGUCUCUUUCGUGAGCUUCCCAAUCUCGCUGUUGGCUCACAUGUGGCAGCGAAGCUUCGUGGACGAAAGUGCACGCGGCCAUUAUACACGGGACAAGCAGAUCAUGUUCUGGCAAGUGCAGGACUUUGUCUUCUGGGUCGGCAGCUCCUUCUACACCCUCUUCUGUUGCCUUUUCAUUGCGCUCUUCAUCGCAAACCUCUCCGAGCUUGACCAGUGGAAGUGGCUGCUCACCUUCGCGGUCAUCGUGGUGCGAAUUGCCAUAGUUCAGCCGAUCGGCAUGGCGUUCCUCCUUGCUGCCGCCACAAGAUACGUGAAGAUCCGCAGGCCGGAGUUGGUUCGCGAUGGCCACCCCAAGCUUCACUUCAAGCUGCCGAAGCAGGCUGCACAUGCAUCCCUGAAGGUGAAGGAGCUCGCCUCGCGCAGCGUCUCCGUGGCGGAGCUCCUGCUCUUCUGGGAGAAGGUGCCCUAUUGCAUGCCCCAUUUCGAUGCAAACCUGGCCACCACGCACGACGUUGUCCGGCAUGCCAUCAUCCCACUCUCCAAAGUGCAGGCUCGACCCUUAGAUUCGUGCUCCUACGCCACGAUCAUCGCGGAUGGAGACUACCGGCCCCCAGACUUUAUGGUGACGCACAACUGGGGCAACAAGUUCUGCCACUUGAUCGCCGCCAUCCUCUCAGAAGCCAUAGGCGAGAAGCAUUACGAGACCACAGCUACACAGCUGGCGCAUAAUCGGACAUCUGUCCUCUACACAGAGGCAGAUAGACUUCAGCGGCGCUACUGGGUGUGUUGCUUUUGUGUCAACCAGCAUGCGAGCAUCUGCGAUACACCGCCUGCGACGGACUCGAUGGGGAUGCCCUUCUAUCCGUGCACCUGCGGGGUGCCGAAGCACUGGAGCGGGCCGAACUGUGAGAUGGACAAGUUCGACGAGAUGAUCGGCUACCUCUCUGUCGUUGUCCCUGCCUUCUCGCAGGUGGUGGCCGUGGACAUGAACUUUACCGCCUUCACCAGAAUCUGGUGCAUUGCAGAACUGGCAGAAGCGAGGAAGAUGGACCUGCAACAGUACCUCAUUGUCCAUUCAGACAAUGCGCUGCAGAA